GCCAUUUGAACGGAUUCGGUUCUUGGCGGUUCUCUCGCCGCUGAAUCACUCCCCUAGAAAUUCUCUAGAAAUCGUGGGACCCAUGGGCACUUGCCGCCGCCGGGGCAUUAAUCAGUUGCAAGACGAUCGAUUAGCGGAAAACAAGAGCCCGCCCGUGCAACUGCAGCCGCCUGGCGAUUGCCCAUUUUCCGAUUCUUCUCGCCCCGUGACACGCGCUCUCAUAAAUCUUCUCAAAAACGUAGAUAGAUAAAUAAAUAAAUAAAUAUCGAUGAUUGGUCCAAUGAUUGGCGAGCGAAUAGUGAAAUAAAUAUUUUUCGAAUUACCUAAUCGACUGGCCAUUAACGUGAGUGGUGUGAGUGUUUCGAGUGCGUGGUGAAUAUAUUUUAUAUAAUACGCGUUAGCCGAAUCGUUUCUCGCCGCGAUAUACUCUCAUUGCAUCGGCGAACGUUGGAGGAUUCGGAUUCGGAUUCGAUUUUGGGCAUUACGCAAUGGCCGCGGAAGAGGCGCUAACCGGCGUCGGCGAGCUGCUUUUCUCGCUUCUAAUAGGCUACCUGGGCGCCCUGGAAUUCGCCUUUGUGGCCCGUCAUCUCUACCACUGGUCCUUCCGGCAUCCCUCGGAUUCUUCUGCCGAUGCAGCCGCUGAUGCAGAAGAAUUGCCUCGUCUGCGUGAGAGAUUGGAGAAGGAGAUCAAAGAGGCGGGCGAAAGGGAAGCCCAGGCUGGCACCAAUGUCAUGCAGGAUGGUGUCCUCUAUAGCAAUGGAAUCCGGGUAGAUCCUGCUGGUGAGAAAAGAGAAGUUCUGGCCGCAGAAUUGGCUCGCCAACAGCAAAUCGAAGCGGAGACGCGACGUCAGCUGGCCGAAGCCGAAGCCAAACUGGCUGAAGAAAGACUACGGGUCCAGAGAGAGAAAGAGGAAGCGGAGGAACAGCAGCGGAAGCUCGUAGAGGCCGAAAGACAGCGCGAAAGAGAGCAGGCGGAGAAAGAACUGCAAGAACAAAGAGAGGCAGAGCGCAGGCAGUUAGAAGCAGAAGAAAGCGAGCGUAAACAGCGCGAAAUCGAAGAGAAGGAACGCCUAGAGAACGAAAGAAAGCUGAUAGAGGCCGAACGAGAACGGGAAGAGAAGGAGCGAAGACUGCAAGCGGCGGAAGAGCAGCGCGAGCGGGAAGAAAGUGAAAGAAGAAUCAUCGAGGCAGAGCGUCAGAGGGAGCAGGCUGAAGCCGAAGCCGAACGCCAAAAGGAGAUAGCCGAGCAAGCAAGGCUCCUCGUUGAAGCCGAGGCAGCCGAAGCCGAGCGUCUUGUUUUUGAAGCCGAGAUCCAAAGAGAGCGGGACCAAGCUGACGAGGAAGAACAGGACCAACGCGAUGCGGAGAUUGUAGAUCGUCUUCUGGCGGCGGAAAGGGAGCUCAGCAUGAGCGCCACCGAGAGCGAACUGGAGGAAGAUGUCGCUAUCGCAGAGCAGUCGCGUCGCCUCAUCUCCAGCAGAACAGAUCUGGAGCAGAAGCAGCGGAUGAUCGAGGAGAAUGCUCGACGCUUCCUUGAGGCGGAGGAGGAGAUGGUCAUGCUGCAACAGCGCCAGUUGCAAGCCGCCCACAGCAAAGAGGAAGAAGACGAGUAUGCCGGAAUGGAGCCCGUGGUGGAGGAGCCGUGUGUAAAAAGGGUGGCGCCACCCAGAUUUCAGGAACCACCGGAAGAACCGCUAAUGGUGCAGAAGGUGAAAACUCAAUUUGGCCAAGGAAGCGGUUCCGAAGAUGGCUACUUGGUGAAGUCGAAAACCCUGAACUUCCCAGGCGUCUCCGAUGAAGGUUCCUCCGUGGAACCCUUCUCCAGCCAACAGUCUUCGUUCAGUACUCAACCCUCUGAGGGCGAACGUCCUGAACCCGAGGGUGAAGAUCAGAUACAGGAUGUCCAGUAUACCGAGGACUACCUUCGUUCCCUGGAUGGGAUCAAGAAUCGUCCUUUGGUCCGCGAAGAUGGUUCAGGCAGGAGAAGAGCCUUCAAGAAGCGACGCUCCAGUGGCAGCUCCAAUUCUUCGCGAGACUCACGCGCCUCUCGCGACGAGGAGCUGAAGAUGUUUACAUCGCUGGAGGAGGAGGAGCUACGUCAUGGCGAGCGGGAAGACUACAAUCCCAUCAAGUAUUCGAGUGAGCCCACCCUGAAGGUCAAAUCCCACCGACGUCAUAAAAGAAGUCCAGCAAAGGAUAUAAGAUCCCCGGCAGAGACUAGUGGAUCCCUGGAGAUGCUCGGCGAGGAGAGCACUAAUCCCUGGGGUGAGGUGGUACCAGAGCACUAUAAGGACACCGAGUUCUGGAAGCGGGAAAAAGCCCUCUCCAUAGACGAAGAGAAUAUCGAACUGGAGAGACCCUCCAGGGGAGAGGAUGUGGAGGACGAAGCCACAAAUGAGCCCAAAUCCUCCUCUUUUGAGGAGGCCACUGAGGCACAAAACGAACAGGCUGUGGCUGCCCUGAAACAGCAACUUCCCAAGGAGCAGGUGGACAAGGAAACGGAGAAGGACAACUCGCAAGCGGUGGAGACCAGCGACAGCAACAAAGCCAAUCUGCAAACCUCUUCCGCAACAGAGGAGCAAUCAAGGGUUGGUUCACCUGGCUUGCGUCGUAGUCCGCGCAUGGAUGAAAUGGAGCACUACCCAGAGCGCUGGUCCGCCAGUCAGGAGCAGCAUCCAAAGCAAGAACAGCAACCGCAGCGAGCAGCACCAUCCAUCAAUGUCCAGCAACCGGAUACGGCACCUUGGCGGGAUCAGUACGGAUUACUUAUGGAGGGUCUCAGCGAUUUCUACGACUUUACCGCCUCAGUCAAUCCUUCAAGAUCCCGUUCUGCUUCGCGAAAUCCCUCACCAGCUCCCAAGAAUGUGGCUAAUCUUAUGAAUGUGGACGAGGAGCGAUCGCUAGAAGUAUUCGACGAUACUCAGGAGGGUGUGGCGGCAGGUGAACUAAACUGUGAGUCUGUGCUUCAACUCCUGGAAUCGAACUUGAAUGGAAACGAAUCCUCGAAUGAGCAGCUACAAGUGCAAACUGUAGCCGAUGAUGCUAGGAAUGGGAACUCCGUGGUACCCAUGGUAUAUCAGCCCCUAGAAGGGGCUUCACUUGGUUCUUCUCUAGAAGAGAGGGGAAGGGAACCUUCCGUGGACAGACAAUCCAGACCCCGAUCCCGAUCCCGUUCGCCACUUCCCACCUCGGAGAACCUAGAGAAAAGCAUCCACAAACGGAGGGAGCGACUGAUCAAACAAAACGAUGAGCUUGCCGAACGUCUAUCCCAAUCUAGUUCCGAGGGUUCCAUGGAAAUCGAAGCUAAUGGUAAUGGUAGACUAAGCCCAGAGAUCACUCUACCCCAGCCCGUGAUAGAGAUUAAUGAUAUGGCCGAUGAACCCAUGGAGGAUGCCGAAACUACACCAGAACAAAUGCGACUCUUUGUGGAGACCUUGAGGGCUGAGAGGAAUGACCGCUCCAGAUCAAGAUCCCGUUCACGAUCCCGUUCUCCACUGCCAACAGCUGAUAAUAUAGCUAAGAGCUUGGAAAGUCGCCGUAUAAAGCGCAUUCAACACAAUGAUGAGAUCUUCGAGAAACUUCACGAACAAAUGCCAUCACCAGAGAUUAUAAUUGAAUCGGCUUCACCUCCAAGGUCUCCGCUUCCCAUGCCCACCGUAACCAUUGAAAUUGUAGAACCACCAGAGGAAAGUGCAGUCCAAACCGAGGCAGAACCCGAGGAUACUCCGGAGAGCAUGGCAAGACUCUUUGAGCAACUGCGUCUAAACCGAGUGAGAUCCCAUUCUCGGUCCCGAUCACGUUCACCACUACCCACAGCCGCCAAUUUGGAGCAGAGUGUGCAGAAGCGACGCGAGAAGCUGAUAGCCCAGAAUGACCAGUUCUUCGAGGUGCUACAGGAGAGGGCGAGGACCCCGGAGCCCGAACCCCGUUUAACAGUGGAGUACGUCUAUGAGUUUGUGCAGGAGAAGGACGAUCACAUUGCAGAAAGUCGCGACAUGCGAUCCUUGUCACCAUCUCGCUCGAGAUCCCAGUCACAAGAAGGGGAGCCCGACGACUUCCAUUUGAUGCUCAAUCUGGAGGGCAGUGAGUUGCGCACUCUACGCAAAAACAGUGAGGAACUAGAAAGUGUCCUGGCAGCGAGUGUGAAACAGAGGGAAUUGGACCUGGAAGCCCUAGAGAAGCUACACAAUGCCAAUGAGGAAAUAGAGUUGCGCGUGCUCAGUCCAACCAAUUCGGAAUUGGAAAGAUUGGUUGAGAUGACACGAGAGAAUCCAGAUCUAGAUCGUACGGUCUCCGAGGUGGCCAGGGAUCUGCAGGAUGAGCUCGUGGCCAGCGGUUUCAAACGCUCCACCUAUGUGGGUGAGUCCCUUGAUCUGGGAAGUGAUCAAUUUAAGGAGCAUCGUCGCGAAGCAGCUCAAUUUCAAAGAUCCCGAAGCCCAUCUCCUGGAUUGAGCAUGGAUCUAGCUCGAGAGCAUGCGGCAGCCCAAAGGGAGCUCCAAGCAGCCAUACUAGACUCCCUUACCGACAAUCGUUUGGGCGCCAAACCCAAGACCUUCUCCGAGGAGAGAACUGGCGAGUCCCAGGAAAUCUCUGCCGCCCAGCUGGAUGAUUUACGUCAUCGUACCGCUGAGUUUCAACGUUCUCGUAGCCAGAGUCGUUCUCCGCUGAGAGAACAGGAUCUGACACAGUUGAGGGACAUCGAAGCUGAGUCGGCUAAGAGGGAAAUGCAGGAUCAGUUACUAGAUAAGUGGGCCGCUUCGACCAUUAAUUUCGAGAACUUUUCACGGCACUUGAAUGCCGAUUUUCUAGACAGCGAGCGACGGGCUUCUGACUCGGCUUUAAUGGGUGAUCUAGAACCUGAUGAAUACCAUCACUUCCGUCGCUACUCACUCGCCCAAGAAGAGCCCGUUGAGGAGUACCCCAGCGAUGACUUUGUCUACAUCUCCCAAAUCGAAGUCCGAACUCUCACUGGGACCAGAACUUGGUUAAAAGAGGAUUUUUACACCGAAGAACCGGAGGACUUUUGUGAUUCAAAAAGUCCGGUAAAGGAUGAAGACUCUUGGGCGAGAGCUGUUUUGGCUGCAGAGGCGGAGGCAGCUGAGUUCGAUGCCACCAAUGCCAUCUACAGCUAUGAUAUUGUCGGGGACCACGAGGGCCUGGAUCAGGAGAGGAGUAGCUCCAAUGACAGCGAGGACACACGACAGACAGUGGUGGAGAUCGAUGACGACGAUGAGUACGAGUUUGAGAUGGACGAGGGAAUCUCGGAUAAUAAUGAACGUACCCAACCCACCGAUGAAUCCCAUCAUGACACCUCCGAGUGUGAGGAGGCGGAGAGGAAUGCCGAUCGCUAUGAGAAUCGGGGAGCUCAGGAUUGGGAGGAGGUUGAGGAUGUGGAGGAUUUCCUUGACUAUGGUUUUGAUGAUGGCGCUGUGGGCGGAGCAACACCCUAUUCCGAUCCAGACUCAUUUAUUGAACAGAUCUACAAUGAUGCCAUUAAGAACAGAAAGCAGUCAGGUAUCCUAAGGGAGUACGAGACCAUGGUUCAGGAACAAUUGCCCUCGGAUCACAGCGAAUCGGAUAAGGAAAAGUCGGGUUCUGAGAGUGAGAAAUACGCCCUGUGGGCCAAGACCAGGGAACUUGAGCGAUCCCAUUCUAGUACCCGACAUUCGGAUGUGGAUGUUGCCCUGGGUUUGAUACCAGAGAGCGAUCAUCGGGAGUCUGAAAUACGUUAUUUGGGGGAUGCUCAUGUGGCGGCCCGACAAUCUACAAGGUUGCGAACUCGUUAUGGUUUCAAUCCUAAGCUAGAUGUGGGUGAACUGGAAGAUGAUAUCGAGGUGGAUCUUAACUACAAGCCCAAGAGGGAGUACAACUGGCGCAAGAACUUCAAACUAGAUGACAAUGACGAACAGGAAAAUAAUGCCCAGGAUUUAGCAGAUGAAAAUGAAGAUCAGGAAGCCAUAGAUCAGUUUGAGGAGGAAUUCGGCUGGCAAGAACAAGAACAGGAAGAACUUCGUGAUCAGGAAAAUGAUGAGACAAUGUUUUUAAAUGAAGAAAACGGUGAAAUAGAACAUGGGGAACUAUUGGAGAACCGGCGAAUCAGUCUUGGCGGUGAAAGUAUCACCCUCUUCAGUCGCAGUCCCGUUCGCGAAAUUUUAGCAGACGUGCCAGAAGAACUUCCGCAAGAAGAAGAACCACCCGAAGAACAGCCAGAAGAAGCGGCGCCCUUGGAAGAAUCACCCGCUGAGAAGCCCAAGAAAAAGAAGAGUAAGAAGAAGCUACGCAAGGGAUCCAAAACCGAAGAAGAACUAAGGGAUGAUAAUGACUCGGACACUCAAAUGGGUUGCACCCGGCGAAAUGAGGACCAGGAGACUGCAGAACCACCAAAAAGAAAGACACGCUCCAGGCGUAGCUCCAAAAGCAGCCUGAUCAACGAAGAAACCAAUGGAGGAUCUGGACUCUUCUCACCGCGGGGCAGUCUAGCCUUUGUGGGUGAAUCUUUGGAGGGCAUAGCCGAAUUUGAGCCAGACGAAGAGCAGUCUACAAAGAAGAAGACUAAGAAACGCAAGAAGUCUUCAGCAAAAGAAAACAAGGAGGAAGCUAGGGAGGAGACCCAACCGCAGGCUACAGAAGAUUCUCAUCUAGAUAAGGCCUUGGCUGCUGCUCUGGCGGAGAUUGCUCCCGUUUCGGUGUCCACAAAUUUGACUCCAGAAUCCACACAGCAGAACCUAUUGUCUACGAUCAGUGCUGGACAAAGUGUGUGUAUAACCCCAGCCUCAUCGAUUGAGGAGAUUGGAGAAUCCACUCAACCUUCUUCAGUUGCAGUUGUGCCCGCGCGAUCCGUUGUGGACACCUUUGACAUACUCAAAGAUGCCAACUUCUAUCCACUCUUCUAGCUCGCUUGACAUGUUCAUAAGCCAAGUCAAGCCAAGCACAGCCCAGCACAAUCCAGUCCAAGCCACAUCCAAAAACCGAGCACGCUGCACAUGAAUUCAGUCCCAGUUAAAGAUCCAGUGUCCAGAAACCAGCAUCCAGCAUCCGCUCCUCUGACUGAGGGUAAACACCCACCCACGGGAUCCCCGAUCCCGAUCUGUAUAAACCAUGUAUUAUACUAACGACCCAGAAAACUUUGCACCCAAAAAGUACCGAACGAUUGAAGGAUUGUUUACCAUAGCUGUUAGUCUAUUUAACGAUUUUGUCUUUAUAAAAAUGCCGAGAAUAAAAGCCAACUGAAUAAAUGAA